AUGUACACCCAGGUUCCUUCGACUAUUCAGCAGCAGCAAAGCUCCUGGGAAGACGAUAGGCUGCUGGUAAUAAUUAAAAUUGAAGGAAUAGAGGAGAAAGACAGCGGAAAACAUCGAAAGAAACCUUUGAUCAUGAUUCCGCACACUGUUUGUUGUCACAUUGGAAAUAAUGGAUCUUUAGAAAUUAAAGAUAUCUUUAACAGAAUAGUUCAGUCAAAUAAAGAUAGCAACAUGAUGAUCCAUGAGGGUGACAUUGUCAUAAAAAAAGGCCGCAGUGCUAUCAGCUGUGCACAAUGCCUCUGGUCUUCAUCUUCACUUGGGAUGGUCAAUGUGCCUUACAUUCUUUCUUCUCUCUACAGUGACCAACAGGUGACUUUGUUCAAAACCGUCAUGCAGGAGUUUGAAACAUUGACCUGUGUGCGAUUUGUUCCCCACAAGACGGAGACUGAUUUUCUUAAUAUUACAGCCUCAGAUGGUUGUGCAUCCUACAUUGGAAGAAUUGGUGGUGUACAGAAAGUGUUCCUAUCAGCAGAUUAUUGCAUGUCCAGAGGGAUCAUACAACAUGAGCUAAACCAUGCUAUUGGGUUUUUUCAUGAACAAUCUCGUAGUGAUCGCGAUAACCACGUCACUAUUAUGACCCAAUACAUCUCACCAGAAAAUGUGGCCAACUUUCAGAAAUAUAACACUAAUAAUUUGGGCCUUGAAUAUGACUAUGCGUCAGUAAUGCAUUAUCCCAGGAAUGCAUUCAGCACAGUUUAUGGACAAGACACCAUAAUACCCAAACCUGACCCAAAUGUGCCCAUUGGACAAAGAGAUGGAUUAAGUGUCCUGGACGUUUCUAAAAUUAACAAGCUUUAUAACUGCAAUCUCUGUGCUAAUUUACUUAAUAAUCUGAAUGGGACAUUCACUUCAGCCAAUUACCCAUCAUCUUAUCCUAAUAAUGCAAACUGUGUAUGGUUGAUCAGGACCCCAGCUGGACAGGUAGCCUUGCAGUUCAAAGCCUUUGAUCUUCAGUCCUCAACGAGUUGUGUUUCUGACUACCUUACGGUUUAUGAUGGUCCCAGUAAAACUUCUCCUCUGUUACUGAACAAGACUUGUGGCGCAGGACUGAUUCCUCUAUUGGUUGCUUCAACAAACCAGAUGCUGCUGGAGUUUGUCAGUAAUAAGGACAUUACAGGGACUGGCUUUAAAGCUGUAUACUCUGCAGUGCAAUGUGGAGGAGCUUACUAUGCCUCAACAAAGACAUUUUCCUCCCCCGGGUAUCCUAUCAGCUAUUAUACAGAUCUAGACUGUGGCUGGAUAAUCACAGCUCCUACACACUACAAGAUUAUACUUACUGUACAUGACUUUGCCAUUGAGUAUGAACCUACCUGUGGUUAUGACUACCUGGCUGUUUUUGAUGGACCUCAGACCACCUCUCCACUAAUAGGAAAAUACUGCUCCCGUGUGCCACCUCCCCUGGUAUCCACAGGCAAUUCCAUGUUGGUCAAAUUCCAUAGUGAUAACAGUGUGCAACUAAAGGGGUUUCAGGCGUCAUACGUAAUCAAAUUAAUAAGAUACCCUCGCAAAGAAAGCUAUGUACAGAUCAAUGACAUUAUCAUAAACAACUUAAUAAAUGCAUGUGAACCUGUUUUCUCCUUUAUACUAAAUGAUGACUACUCUGAUAUAUUUUACUUUGUGAGAGAACACUUUACUGAUUAUGAUAAUUACAGAUCCACAUUAUUAAAGCAUUUUUCAGAGAAAAAGAUUGCAAACAUUGACAAGAAAGAGUCAGAAAUUUUUAUAUUGACAGUGGGGCUUAUUCAGAAGUGGUCAUAG